GGCUGGCGGUAUAAGUACGCUCGGUUCGCUUGCGUGGUCAGUUGUGUGUCAAACAGGUCUCCAGAAUGAACACUAAGGUCCUCUUGUUGCUCGGCGUGGUGGCCGUGGCUGCUGCAGAUAAGCUGCCCACCUACUCCUACAGCGCCCCACAGGGAUCUUUCGAAGACUCAGUGGAGUACGAUGAUGCCAAGUACGACUUCAACUGGGCUGUGAAGGACUCCGACUCCGGCAACGACUUCGGACACCAGGAGUCCCGCGACGGCGACAACACUCAGGGAUCCUACUACGUGCAGCUCCCCGACGGCCGCCUGCAGAAGGUCACCUACUACGUGGACGGCGACAACGGAUACGUUGCCGACGUGACGUACGAGGGCGAGGCUCGCUAUGACUCUGUGGAGUCUCGCGAAUACGUGGCCCCCAGACCCGUGUACUCCGCCCCCGAGUCCCACGAGUCAGUUGAGACUCCCGUGUACACCCCACCACGACCCCAGUAUGCCGCCCCCAGGCGCUCCUACGGGUUCCCUCAGUGAGGAAGGAUAACCAAAGCCCAUGACCAGUUACGCCGAACGGAAUGUAUCUAUUUAUUUAUGGACAUUAUUUGCAAUAAAACAAUAAUCUACCAA